CACAGAAGACAUAGAGACAGGAUGGACAUCAAGCAGAUCCUCCUCUUUGGGCUCCUCUUUGGGCUCCUGGCCCCCGGCUGGUCUCUGAGGAGCAACCGCUGCCUCCCUGAACAGGAUCUGGAGGAGGCAGCGAAGAGGGAGCUGAGCCACUUCCAGGGGCCCCCACAGAACCAGGAACCGCUGGGCCCCUCGUACUCCUGCCCCGUGGAGAUGUUCACGCAGCAGCCCCCCACACACCUGAAGGACAGAUCUCUGUCCCCCUGGGGAUACAUACUUGAAACGAUGGAAGAUCACUUUCCCUCCACCUAUUACAGGGCUCAGUGUCUGUGCACUGGAUGUGUGCUGAUCCAGAACUCAAAGCUGGUGGAGAGCCACGACUACAACUCAGCACGAGUAGUACAGAGCAGGGUGUUUCUGAAGAAGGAGCUCUGCAGGGACAAGAAGAAGUACCGCUUGAAGCCCGUCAGAGUGGAGGUGGCUGUGGGCUGCACCUGCACCAGAGCCAACAGCACCCCCUAGAGGGAUCUAGCAGAGCAGCCGACACCACAGUGCAUGUUGUGUUUGUUUUAAAAUGCAACCAGUUAUCGAGGGUCAGACUCAGGGUGAUGAGGGAACAUCUCCAGCGGCUCUCUGACCAAUCACUGCUGAGGCUUCAAAAAUCAAAAGUCACACCCGCCUGUACGUAUAGGUAUAUUUAUUGUCAUUAUGUCUGACAUAUGAUGCAUCGAAAAUGUUUUCUGUAGGUCUAUUUAGGCCUUAGAUUUGAUCCUGACUUGUUUAAAGCUCUGCCUAGUGCAGCUUAUGUAAAUGAGAUAUACUACAUAAUGUACUUAUUUUUAUAUUGAUGGGCUUGUCAUCCAAAAAAUUAGCUAUUGUAUAGUUUUGCAAUUUAAUAAUUUAUAUAAUAAUAUUUAUAACUAUUUAUUGGGUUUGUUUUGCAUGUGAAACGUUUGAGUUUAUGGAGAUUUUGAAUGCUCAGAGUUAUUGAGUGGAUGAGGUGAAUUUUAUAUUUAUUUAUGUUGCAUAUCUUGUAGAUGUUGUCCCAGUGGGACAUAACAAGUCUGAUAAAGACUGAAAGUUCAGCUUCUUUGAAGCAAAAUAAAGAAACAUGUUUGAAAGUAAACAAAUUCUCUGGCUUCUUUAUUGUUAUCCUUUCAACAUAAUUAUUUAACAUUUGUAGGAUCCAGGUUUAUUUGUCCAGAAAGAGUGGGUGUGUGCAGUGUGAAAUACAUUGCAUUUUAAAAUGAAGUUAUAGUUAGGGUUUAGUUAUAGUUAGGGUUAACUCUAUUUGCAUUUUUUUGUUUUAAAGGUAGGGUAGGUAAGUUUGAGAAACCGGCUCGAGAUACACUUUUUGUUAUAUUCCAUGGAA